AACCUGCAACAUCCGGGUAUUUUCUGAGUCCAGCGUUUGGUUUAGCUAGUUUGCAGGCUGUGUCAAAUUCAAGUGAAUAGGCUGGGGCUUGACACUAAUUUGGCCAUAACAGCUCCGGCCUAAAACUUCAAAGGAGGGACAUUUUAAUGAUACUUUACGUCGCCAAAUGAUAAAGUAAUGCAUCCCUGGUUUAGUCAGAACAGGGAGUUCCGCACUUUCACAAAUUGAUGCACUGUGAGGUGAUUGCUAGCUAGCUAACGUUACCCGCAAACUCCCUCCAUCUCGUCGGUGUUUCUGUUUCGGUCACAGCACCUCUGCUCUGUUGCUGUCUUUACAACUUCAAAACAGGUCUUGCGGAUUUUGGUUUUAAGAGCUACAAUGGGGGCGUUUUUGGACAAGCCAAAGAUGGAGAAGCACAAUGCUCAUGGUGAGGGGAACAGUCUGACCUAUGGCCUGAGCAGCAUGCAGGGCUGGAGGGUGGAGAUGGAGGAUGCGCACACGGCAGUCAUUGGCCUGCCUCAUGGGCUCGACCCUUGGUCCUUCUUUGCUGUCUAUGAUGGGCAUGCUGGCUCCCAGGUGGCCAAAUACUGCUGUGAGCACCUGCUGGAGCACAUCACCAGCAACCCAGACUUCCAGAGCGGUCUGGAGCCCAACGUAGAGAGUGUGAAGACCGGCAUCCGCACAGGUUUCCUGCAGAUUGACGAGCACAUGCGGAACAUCUCAGAGAAGAAGCACGGUGUGGACCGCAGUGGCUCAACUGCGGUGGGGGUCAUGAUUUCCCCAGGCCACAUCUACUUCAUCAACUGUGGAGACUCCCGGGGUCUUCUGAGCCGUGGAGGAGCUGUGCACUUCUUCACACAGGACCACAAGCCCAGCAACCCACUGGAGAAGGAGAGGAUUCAAAACGCCGGAGGCUCUGUCAUGAUCCAGAGAGUGAACGGCUCUCUGGCCGUGUCCCGGGCCCUGGGAGACUUCGACUACAAGUGUGUGCAUGGCAAGGGCCCCACGGAGCAGCUGGUUUCACCAGAGCCUGAGGUGUAUGCCAUUGAAAGGUCUGAGGUGGAAGAUGAGUUUAUUGUCCUAGCCUGCGAUGGCAUCUGGGAUGUCAUGGCCAAUGAGGAACUGUGUGACUUUGUCAGGUCCAGGCUAGAGGUGACCGAUGACCUUGAGAGAGUCUGCAAUGAAAUUGUUGACACUUGCUUGUACAAGGGGAGUCGGGACAAUAUGAGCGUUGUGCUGAUCUGCCUCCCAGGGGCUCCAAAGGUGACUGCCGAUGCCAUGAAAAGGGAAGCAGAGCUGGAUAAGUACCUGGAGAGCAGAGUAGAAGAGAUCAUAAAGAAGCAGGGAAACGAAGGGGUUCCAGACUUGGUCCACGUGAUGCGGACGUUAGCAUCAGAGAGCAUCCCUAACCUCCCUCCUGGGGGUGAACUGGCCAGCAAGCGAAACGUUGUUGAAGCAGUGUACAACAAACUAAACCCAUACCGAAGUGACGACACAGACUCAGCGUCCACAGACGACAUGUGGUAACACAACCCCUACCACUAACACAGCACAGAGUUUACAACCCGCUACCCUCUCAAGACCCACAGCAGCUCCGUUCAGCAGUCUGUCUCCCCACCACUCUGAGCGUUACAUUUUUAAGAAGGGAAUAUGAUGGGAGGACGAGGAGGAGAUGCAAACACACCUCUACACCCUGGAUAGUGCAGCACCAAUCCGCUCUGAAGUUCAGGAUUCCCUCCAUUUUGUCUCACCUUUUAUUCCCCCCCUAACCUUACCCAUAACUAGCUAGUCCAGCAGGUUCUUAAAAAAAAAAAUCAGCUGAAACAAUGUAUUUUUUUGCUGUAAUUAGUUUGAUUCACAUUUCCUUGUGUGUUUUGUAUAUUUCUGUUUUUGUGAAGUGCAAUUGUCGUGUACAAACAGCCUGUAUUUAAUGCAGCUUGAGUUCAAGUAAAACAAUGAAAGUGAGAAAGAGAACCUUUUAUGCACUAUCUGCCUUUUUCCUGCUUUUCUGGAGUUCCAACAAAUGUCUAUUCAGUGAAUAUUACUGUUUGUCCUCCAGGUGAUAUUAUCCUCCUGCUCUUGUUCUUUUUUUAGUUUAAGUCUUUGCUCAUUAAAGAAACGGGUAAAUUGUA